AUGAUUAGGAAUCAUAACUUUGAUAAAGCUUUUUGUGAUCUAGGAGCUAGUGUCAAUCUUAUUCCAUUUUCACUGUGUAAGAAAUUAAACUUGGGUGAAUUGAAAAUUACAACACUAGCUUUGCAACUUGCUGAUCGCUCUGUGAGAUAUCCUUUAGGUAUAUUGGAAAAUGAACCUGUCACGGUUGGGAAAUUUGUCGUUCCUGCAAAUUUUGUUGUUCUAGAAAUGGAUGAAGAUCCAUACAUACCUAUUAUACUAGGAAGACCUUUCUUGGCCACUGCAGGAGCCGUAAUUGAUGUUAAAAAUCACAAGCUGUCGUUAGCCGUAGGUAGCGAAAAAAUUGAGUUUGAUUUGUCUAAAGCUAUUAAACAACCCUUCCUGCAGAAUGUGUGUUGCAGGAUUGAUGAGGUGCAGAUGGUUGAAGAAGAGGAAGAACCGUUUCUCGGAUUCAGCGAUACACUGGAUGCAUACUCGGAUGAUGAAGACGUUGCAAAGAGCAGUGAAGAUGGAGGACAAAUCAACCUUGUGCGGCAUAUGACUGAAGAAGCGAGGUUAGAACAAAAAUCAUUGGAAAGUGAAAACCAUGAAUCACCGCAGGUAGAACUUAAACCUCUUCCAUCAACCCUCAGGUAUGAAUUUCUUGGUGAUAAUUCUACAUUCCCCGUGAUUGUAAAUGCGAGUUUAAAUGAAGUAGAUACUGAAAAGCUGCUCCAUGUGCUUAGAAUGCAUAUUAAAGCCAUAGGAUAUACCAUUGAAGACAUAAAAGGGAUUAGCCCUUCAUUAUGCAUGCAUAGAAUUUUGCUCGAGAAAGAUUUUAAACCUUCAGUUGAGAGACAGAGGAGGCUUAAUCCUAACAUGAAAGAAGUGAAAGGUGGGAUGACAGUAGUUAGAAAUUCAAAUAAUGAGUUGAUUCCCACUAGGACGGUUACGGGGUGGAGAAUGUGUAUUGACUAUCGGAAAUUAAACAAAGAAACUAGGAAAGAUCACUUCCCACUUCCAUUCAUUGAUCAGAUGUUAGAAAGGUUGGCAAAACACUCCUAUUUCUGUUUUCUAGAUGGGUAUUCUGGUUUUUAUCAAAUCCCUAUACAUCCAAAUGACCAGGAAAAAACCACGUUUACAUGUCCUUAUGGUACCUUUGCCUAUAGGAGAAUGCCUUUUGGUCUUUGCAAUGCACCAGCUACCUUUCAACGUUGUAUGAUGGCUAUUUUUUCUGAUAUGAUUGAGAAUAUUAUGGAAGUUUUUAUGGAUGAUUUUUCAGUCUAUGGUACUAACUUUGAUACUUGCUUGUCCAAUUUGGUUAAUGUUCUGCAGAGAUGCGAAGAAACAAACUUGGUUUUAAACUGGGAAAAAUGCCACUUUAUGGUAAGAGAAGGCAUUGUGCUAGGACAUUUGGUUUCAGAGCGAGGAAUUGAAGUAGACACGGCAAAGGUGGAAGUAAUUGAAAAUCUACCUCCACCGACAAACGUUAAGGGAGUGCGAAGUUUUUUAGGACAUGCAGGAUUCUACCGGCGUUUCAUCAAAGAUUUUUCAAAGAUCUCUAAACCUUUGACAAAUUUGUUAAUUAAGGAAACUGAAUUUCUUUUUGAUGAAAAUUGUUUGGAUGCUUUUUCCAGGUUGAAGGAAGCUUUGAUCUCAGCUCCGAUAAUGCAAGUUCCCGAUUGGACCUUACCUUUUGAAAUCAUGUGUGAUGCGAGUGACUAUGCAGUGGGAGCAGUCUUGGGACAAAGAAGAGACCGGAAGGUACAUGCGAUCUAUUAUGCUAGCCGAACUCUGGAUGAUGCUCAGAUGAACUACGCAACUACGGAGAAGGAACUCUUAGCAAUUGUUUUUGCCUUGGAUAAAUUCAGAUCAUACCUCGUUGGCUCUAAGGUUAUUGUUUACACAGAUCACGCGGCCAUAAGAUAUCUAUUGAGCAAAAAGGAUGCUAAGCCAAGGCUCAUAAGAUGGAUUCUUCUUUUGCAAGAAUUUGAUUUAGAAAUAAAGGAUAAGCAGGGAACUGAGAAUGUGGUAGCGGAUCACCUAUCAAGACUAUAUCAGGGACAGAGUGGGACCAAGGAGGAAGAUCUUCCAAUUGAUGACUGUUUUAUAGAUGAACAUCUCCUUGCUAUAAAAAGGAUUGAUUCUCCAUGGUACGCAGACUACGCAAAUUUUCUUGCUUGUGGAAUUUUACCUCAUCAGAUGAGUUACCAACAGAGAAAGAAGUUUUUUGGCGAUAUCAAGAGCUAUGUAUGGGAUGAUCCACUGCUUUUCAAGAAGUGUGCUGAUACUAUUUACAGGAGAUGUGUACCGGAGGAUGAGACUUGUGAUAGAUGCCAAAGGACGGGGAACAUUUCCAAGAGACAUGAGAUGCCACUGAAUUCAAUUCUAGAAGUUGAACUUUUCGAUGUUUGGGGGAUUGAUUACAUGGGACCAUUUCCCCCGUCUCAUAACAAUAUCUACAUUCUGGUAGCAGUGGACUACGUAUCAAAGUGGGUUGAAGCUAUACCAUCUCCAACGAAUGACGCGAAGACUGUGAUAAAACUUUUUAAGAAAAUCUUAUUUCCUAGAUUUGGAAUUCCUCGAGCGGUGAUUAGCGAUGGAGGUUCACACUUCAUUGAAAGACAAUUUGAAAAUCUUCUCAAAAAGUUUGGAGUAACUCAUAAGAUUGCCUCUCCGUAUCACCCCCAAACCAGUGGACAAGUGGAAGUAUCAAAUAGAGAAAUCAAAAGCAUUUUAGAGAAAACUGUGAAGCAUUCACGAACAGAUUGGUCAGAAAAAUUGGAUGACGCUCUAUGGGCAUAUCGGACAGCUUACAAGACUCCUAUUGGUAUGACGCCGUUUCGCUUGGUGUAUGGGAAAUCUUGUCAUCUUCCUGUAGAGUUGGAACACAAGGCUUUCUGGGCAAUACAAUUAUUGAAUUUCGAUCUAAAGAAUGCCGGAGAGAAAAGAAGGCUUCAGGUUGAUGAACUAGAAGAACUCCGACUUGACGCUUAUGAGCAUGCAAAAUCCUAUAAAGAAAGGACUAAGCGUUGGCAUGAUCAACACAUUAUGCGUAGGGAAUUCCAAGAGGAUGGGUAUUCUGGUUUUUAUCAAAUCCCUAUACAUCCAAAUGACCAGGAAAAAACCACGUUUACAUGUCCUUAUGGUACCUUUGCCUAUAGGAGAAUGCCUUUUGGUCUUUGCAAUGCACCAGCUACCUUUCAACGUUGUAUGAUGGCUAUUUUUUCUGAUAUGAUUGAGAAUAUUAUGGAAGUUUUUAUGGAUGAUUUUUCAGUCUAUGGUACUAACUUUGAUACUUGCUUGUCCAAUUUGGUUAAUGUUCUGCAGAGAUGCGAAGAAACAAACUUGGUUUUAAACUGGGAAAAAUGCCACUUUAUGGUAAGAGAAGGCAUUGUGCUAGGACAUUUGGUUUCAGAGCGAGGAAUUGAAGUAGACACGGCAAAGGUGGAAGUAAUUGAAAAUCUAGCUCCACCGACAAACGUUAAGGGAGUGCGAAGUUUUUUAGGACAUGCAGGAUUCUACCGGCGUUUCAUCAAAGAUUUUUCAAAGAUCUCUAAACCUUUGACAAAUUUGUUAAUUAAGGAAACUGAAUUUCUUUUUGAUGAAAAUUGUUUGGAUGCUUUUUCCAGGUUGAAGGAAGCUUUGAUCUCAGCUCCGAUAAUGCAAGUUCCCGAUUGGACCUUACCUUUUGAAAUCAUGUGUGAUGCGAGUGACUAUGCAGUGGGAGCAGUCUUGGGACAAAGAAGAGACCGGAAGGUACAUGCGAUCUAUUAUGCUAAUGGGUAUUCUGGUUUUUAUCAAAUCCCUAUACAUCCAAAUGACCAGGAAAAAACCACGUUUACAUGUCCUUAUGGUACCUUUGCCUAUAGGAGAAUGCCUUUUGGUCUUUGCAAUGCACCAGCUACCUUUCAACGUUGUAUGAUGGCUAUUUUUUCUGAUAUGAUUGAGAAUAUUAUGGAAGUUUUUAUGGAUGAUUUUUCAGUCUAUGGUACUAACUUUGAUACUUGCUUGUCCAAUUUGGUUAAUGUUCUGCAGAGAUGCGAAGAAACAAACUUGGUUUUAAACUGGGAAAAAUGCCACUUUAUGGUAAGAGAAGGCAUUGUGCUAGGACAUUUGGUUUCAGAACGAGGAAUUGAAGUAGACACGGCAAAGGUGGAAGUAAUUGAAAAUCUACCUCCACCGACAAACGUUAAGGGAGUGCGAAGUUUUUUAGGACAUGCAGGAUUCUACCGGCGUUUCAUCAAAGAUUUUUCAAAGAUCUCUAAACCUUUGACAAAUUUGUUAAUUAAGGAAACUGAAUUUCUUUUUGAUGAAAAUUGUUUGGAUGCUUUUUCCAGGUUGAAGGAAGCUUUGAUCUCAGCUCCGAUAAUGCAAGUUCCCGAUUGGACCUUACCUUUUGAAAUCAUGUGUGAUGCGAGUGACUAUGCAGUGGGAGCAGUCUUGGGACAAAGAAGAGACCGGAAGGUACAUGCGAUCUAUUAUGCUAGCCGAACUCUGGAUGAUGCUCAAAUGAACUACGCAACUACGGAGAAGGAACUCUUAGCAAUUGUUUUUGCCUUGGAUAAAUUCAGAUCAUACCUCGUUGGCUCUAAGGUUAUUGUUUACACAGAUCACGCGGCCAUAAGAUAUCUAUUGAGCAAAAAGGAUGCUAAGCCAAGGCUCAUAAGAUGGAUUCUUCUUUUGCAAGAAUUUGAUUUAGAAAUAAAGGAUAAGCAGGGAACUGAGAAUGUGGUAGCGGAUCACCUAUCAAGACUAUAUCAGGGACAGAGUGGGACCAAGGAGGAAGAUCUUCCAAUUGAUGACUGUUUUAUAGAUGAACAUCUCCUUGCUAUAAAAAGGAUUGAUUCUCCAUGGUACGCAGACUACGCAAAUUUUCUUGCUUGUGGAAUUUUACCUCAUCAGAUGAGUUACCAACAGAGAAAGAAGUUUUUUGGCGAUAUCAAGAGCUAUGUAUGGGAUGAUCCACUGCUUUUCAAGAAGUGUGCUGAUACUAUUUACAGGAGAUGUGUACCGGAGGAUGAAAUAAAAGAUAUACUUUAUCAUUGUCAUUCUUCAUCAUAUGGCGGUCAUGCAAGUACUUCGAAGACAGCUGCUAAAAUGCCAAAGGACGGGAACAUUUCCAAGAGACAUGAGAUGCCACUGAAUUCAAUUCUAGAAGUUGAACUUUUCGAUGUUUGGGGGAUUGAUUACAUGGGACCAUUUCCCCCGUCUCAUAACAAUAUCUACAUUCUGGUAGCAGUGGACUACGUAUCAAAGUGGGUUGAAGCUAUACCAUCUCCAACGAAUGACGCGAAGACUGUGAUAAAACUUUUUAAGAAAAUCUUAUUUCCUAGAUUUGGAAUUCCUCGAGCGGUGAUUAGCGAUGGAGGUUCACACUUCAUUGAAAGACAAUUUGAAAAUCUUCUCAAAAAGUUUGGAGUAACUCAUAAGAUUGCCUCUCCGUAUCACCCCCAAACCAGUGGACAAGUGGAAGUAUCAAAUAGAGAAAUCAAAAGCAUUUUAGAGAAAACUGUGAAGCAUUCACGAACAGAUUGGUCAGAAAAAUUGGAUGACGCUCUAUGGGCAUAUCGGACAGCUUACAAGACUCCUAUUGGUAUGACGCCGUUUCGCUUGGUGUAUGGGAAAUCUUGUCAUCUUCCUGUAGAGUUGGAACACAAGGCUUUCUGGGCAAUACAAUUAUUGAAUUUCGAUCUAAAGAAUGCCGGAGAGAAAAGAAGGCUUCAGGUUGAUGAACUAGAAGAACUCCGACUUGACGCUUAUGAGCAUGCAAAAUCCUAUAAAGAAAGGACUAAGCGUUGGCAUGAUCAACACAUUAUGCGUAGGGAAUUCCAAGAGGGUGAUCUUGUAUUAUUGUUCAACUCUCGAUUGAAACUCUUUCCAGGAAAGCUUAAAUCCAGAUGGUCGGGUCCUUUUGAAGUGAAGAAAGUUUAUCCUUAUGGAGCUGUGGAUAUAUCGAAUGAAACCACCGGAGUCUUCAAAGUGAAUGGAACAACUGCCCAGGUAACAGAGGAGAACACGGCCGUGCAAAUUUCAAACACGCCCGUGUUGGUUGCUGUCAGAUUCAUGGCGAAUACUAUUUUUGGGAGAGGGGACAGUGUUGGGGUAGCCAGGCUAAGUGAAUUGCAGUUUUUAUGGGCCAUGAUUAAUGAUGUUAAAAUUGAUUCUGGAGCUCACCUAGUUAGACAUUUUGUGAAAAUUGGGAAUAGCUCGACUGGAGUAAUUGUUAUUGGAGGACUUUUGACUAAGAUUGCAUUAGCUUUAGGGUGUGAGUUGGAUGGAUUGGAGACUUGCCCGGAUGUUAGGACCCAAGAUCUACCCACAGUAGGAGAGCCAUCUAUUCCACCGCAUGUACCGGUACCCCAGGUUUCUUCCUUCAUACCGGAGUCCCCUAGGACUAUUACUGAUGAUGUUUCUGCAGGACCUUCUGUUUUUGAUUUUUCAGGAUUCCGUACAUCGUUUGAGGAUUUCAGAGAAAAGCAUACUGCGGAUAGAAACAUGUGGGAGCAGUUUGCUCAUACUUCAGAGGAGCAUUAUGAGCGAGUCGACAGGGCUCGCUGCAAGGGGGAUGCACAGGCAUUGGUUCCUACGGCGGAUGAUGUUGAGGAGGAUAUCCCCCAGCCAGCUUCUCCGACAUUCGAGGAGACUGUCGACACUCGCCUGGAGGAGCUGACCAUGGAGGUAGCCGACCUGCAUUCCACGAUGGAUACCAUGGUCCAUCGACAGACUUUGAUGCAGGCGACUAUGGAUACAUUAGUGGAUUUAGUGAGCUCCUGGGUGACGGGUCAUCCAUCUCAGUCUGUUCCAUCCACAGCUCCUGUUCCCCAUGCUGAGGAUGCUGCUGGUGCUGACUCUGCGGCAGUUCCUGCUCCAGCUACUACGUCUGCUCCUCCUGCUGCUACUGAUCCCCCUCCUUUGGGCGAUGAUCUUAUUGAGUUUUAUGUCCCUUUCUGA